AUGUACUUGCGGCAGGUGUUGCUCCCCCAGGGCAAGCCUGAGGUUGACGAGCUUCUCAACGAGGAUGGAGAGGUCUACGCCCAUCUCUUGGGCGAGUUCGACCUGGUGAACGUGAGCAUCGAGUUCGGCCAUCCCUUCCAGGCGGCGCUGGAGCGCCCCGAGAUGCAAGAGCUGCAGCAGCAGCUCCGUGCCAGCGGGCUUUGGCGGCGCGUGGCGGAGGCGUGCCUGUGGUCCCGGGCAGUCUGA